ACACAUACAUAAAAGUAAAAAAGACAGACACUCACUUACACAGUUCUCAAAAUACUUCUAUCUCUGUCUCUCUCUCUCUCAUCCCUUUUUCUCCUUCUCUUCUCCCUAAGCUCUGUCCAUAGGCACCAAACCUCUCUUUUGACCUAAGUGUGUGUGAGAGAGAGAGGCCUGCAAAGAUAAAAAGGGUAGACAUCAUUGAAGCUCUUUACUUCUUUUUAAUUUCAGAAUCUCUCUAAAAACUCCUCAUUUCAAGCAAAAAAAAAAAACAUGGUUUGGUCUCAGAAACAUCUCAGACUCUCAAUGCUCUUCUUCUUCUUCUACUCCUUUUGCUUCCUCUCUCUCUUCUCUCAACCUUCUCUUUCUUCCACGUUUCUCGUCGACGGUGUCUCUGUCUGGAAAACCCCAACUGUUCAUGUCGGCGACUCCGUUGUUUUCAGACACAAGUACGGAUACGAUCUUUACAUCUUCAGAAGCAAAGAUGCAUUCAAUGUCUGUGACUUCACUCAAGCCACUCUUCUUACAAAACCUAAUUCCACUUCCUUCACGUGGUAUCCAUCAAGAACAGGCUCUUACUACUUUUCCUUCACAAACACCACAUCUGUUCCCAAAACUUGCCAACUCAACCAGAAGCUCUCAGUUCAAGUCAUCCUCGCCGCGGCGGCAUCAACACCAUCGCAACCACCAGCAAUCGCCCCUGUUCCUGUUUCAGAAGGAGGGGUGAUCUCAUCUCCUUCUUCUUACCCCUGGCCAUUAGGUCCUAGAGAAGGUUCAGCUUUCUCACCUGGACCAUCUCCGUCAGAGAUCACGUCGGUGACAGUUCCUGGUAAAGACGGUGUUCCGUUCAUCAAUAGUAAUCCGGCGGUUCCACUCCCCACCGGAGAAGUCGACUCUACUUCCAUUAACCCUUUACCAACUUCCACUAAUUCAGCACAUCAGGUGAUGAUGACAGUAACGGUGAAGCUAGUAGGUGUGUGUAGUGUAGCCAUGUUUCAUCUUCUUCUGUAGAGAGAUAAGAGAAGGGAAGCUUUUAAUGGAAGAAUGAUUACGUUCUUGAUCUUAUUGUUAAUCUCAACUUAACUUUAGUUUUGUGUAAUCAUUCUUCCUUUAGCUUUUCUGUUUCUGUCUCUCUUAUGGUAGGGCUCUUUAGAAUCUUUAGGGUUUAUUUUGUUUGAUAUGCAUUUUUCUUAUAAAAUUAAUGGUUUCCUUUUUUACUGA